GGGCUUCGUCCUGUUAGCACGGGCCUGCCUAAGCAACGUUCUGCUGCUUAGCACCUCGGCGCUCUGAAUAAGCGCGGCCCUGCAUGGAGGAGUACAAGGAAGAGAAGAUGCCAUGAGUGGGGAAUACUGGGGUGGAACUGUAGUUCAUGCCGUUCCUCGGAAGGUCAUAUCGGAGCCGUUUGUUUCUUGUCAGCGGCUGCACGACCGUCAUGAGCUGAAAAAAACAUCGCGCGGAUCGGACCCCGUGCGUCGGGGGAGAAAGACUACGAACAAAAAUCGUGCAGGAUACCUGCUCUGAGGAACCCUAAAUAAGGAACGAGGCCACUCUUUCCCACAAGUGAAACUUCGAUGUCCCAUCGAAAACAUGAGGAAAACCUGAGGCAAGCUGUGAAACAAUCGAGGAACACCGAGCCCCUCCACAACGAGAAGGGUUCCUUCUUCAGCGCCUCGACUGUUACGAGGCGGAUGUGGCAUCACAGCAGCAAUUCGGCCCCUGACUUUCGUCCUGGGUUCGGUUUAGUGAAGUGAUGAAUUUCGGGGUCCUUACGUGGGAAAAAACAACACUUCACCAAUCUGGGGCCCAAAAUUAGCGAAGUGAUGGUUUUCGGGCCUCGGAACUGUGCUGCCCGGCGCAGGCACAGGCGGAAAACGGCCGCCCGCGCCGCACCCCGAGCGCGGAGCGCGGCGCGCACCAGAGAGGACGCCCGGCCAAGAGACAGUCUGGAGCCGCUCGCACAGGCGGCGGAGGAGGAGGAGGAGGAGGAGGAGGAGGACGCCGACGAGGAGGAGGAGGAGGAGGAGGAGGAGGAGGAGGAGGAGGAGGAGGAGGAGGAGGAGGCGCCGCAGUGCCGCCGCGCGCGAACGUGGCGCGCGGCGAGCGGCGCGCCCAGCACGCCCGGGCCGGCUCCCGCCCACGUGCACGGGAGGGAGCGCAGAGGAGAGGAGGGGAGCCAUGGAGGAGCGGGACGACGGUGAGCGUCGAGCAAAGGGGGCGAGAACGGACGUGAAAGCUGCAGAUGCAAGGUCAGCAGCUCGCCGUCGGCGCCGCCGAUGCAGCGCAGCGCAACACUGCAGCCACGUCGUAAGAGCACAGUGGGGCGCCGCCACAUACGCGCGAGUGCGAAGACGCUGGAUAUCAUGGCGCCUCCUCCUGGUCCCCCCCCCAGCCCACUCC